AUGGCGACGCCGCCGCGGAUGAAGGACGCGCUGCAGCGGUGCAUCGACGUCAAUAAAGAGAGCCGUCCCGAACUCGCCGGAAACGAGACGCACGCGCACGACAGGCUGGUCGGCUUCUUCUCUCAGGACGAGACAUGGACGGUGGAAUCUCACUACCGAUUACCGACCGCCUUCCGGGCCAGCUGGGGCCCGGUCGGCGGCGGGGAGGGAGAGCAACCGGUGCUCAACGUGGGCUUCCUGUGCGAGUACGACGCGCUUCCGAGUAUCGGGCACGCGUGCGGUCACAACCUGAUAGCAGAGGUGGGAGCCGCCGCAGCCCUGGGGCUGAAAGCUGCUUUAGAGAUCCAGACCGAACUCCCUCAACCAGUGAAGAUAAUAGUUCUGGGAACUCCUGCAGAGGAAGCUAUAGGAGGAAAGAUCGACUUGAUCGAGGCAGGAGCCUUCGCUGACGUCGACCUCGUCUUCAUGGCUCACCCGGCUCAGCAAGACGUGUCAUUCCUGCCCUGUGUCGCACUGGAUGUGGUGUCGGUAAAGUACCACGGGAAGGCAUCGCAUGCCUCGGCGUACCCUUGGGAGGGGGUGAACGCCCUGGAUGCUGCUGUGCUGGCCGACAACAAUCUCUCUGCACUCAGACAGCAACUCAAGCCAGAGUGGAGGCUUCACGGUAUCAUCAAACAUGGAGGGGAGAAGCCCAACAUUAUCCCCGCCUACACCGAGUUAGAGUUUUAUCUGCGCACUCCGCGGGUUAAGGAUCUUUGUGACCUGAAGGCUAAAGCAGAGGCUUGCUUCAGGGCUGCUGCUGUUGCCACCGGCUGCCAAGUGGAGAUAAUCUACCCGAGCCACGGCUAUUGUAACAUUCUGCCUAAUGCCACGCUGGCAAGCCUGCAUGAAAAUAAUGCAAGAGCUUUGGGGAUCCAGUCUCCAGAGCGGUCCGCUGACUUCUCUGGUUCUACAGACUUUGGCAACCUCUCAUUCAUCGUCCCCGGCAUGCAUCCUUUCUUCUACAUCUGCACCGACGCGUUUAACCACACCGAGGAAUACGCCGAAGCAGCAGGAGCUGAAGAGGCCCAGUUGUUCACCCUGAGGACAGCCAAAGCUCUGGCUAUGACAGCUGUAGAUGUCGUGUGCUGCCCUGCUCUGCUGAGGCAAGUGAGGGAGGACUUCCGCCUGGCCAAGCUGAAGCGGGAGAAAUAACUCAAAGGCAGCAGUACAGCCCUGACGGUUCCACAAAUACCAUUGCUUUAAUAAUAAUUAUAGGAAUUUUAAUAUAGAUGUGGUUAAAGGACAGAACCGUAAAAUUACAACUGUGUUGUAUACAAUAUUUUUGACAACGGGGCCUCCCUGAGUUGCUCGGUGUAACAUGGCCUUUCCUCUAGCGCCACCCUGAGGAUGACAUCUUUUAUUUUUAUUUUGUUAUCUCCUAAUAACUUUUGGAUGGAUUUCUGUCCAAAUUUGAACAUGUCUAAUUCUAUCUGAAAUAUCUGCAGAACUAAUUGCAUUCACAGAAUCAUCAGCUGUAUUUCUCAUUUAGCACUUAUUAACAAAUGUUGGCAAGCUAAACUCAGAUGUGUUGGCAUUCAUGGCAAAGCACCACAUAUUAAUAUAUCGAUGAAUAUGAAAAGUAUAAACUAAAGUGUUUAAGAAUGUGCCUGGAAAUAUGCAAUUAAACUGUAUAGCUUCA